UGUAGCACUUUCUGCCAUCAGUCAAGACAGAAAGUAUUUGACAAUUUUAGCCUUGAUGUCAGACACGUUUCUUUAUGGUGGAUUUCAGAGGGAUGAAAAAUGAUCAGUGCAUCAUCUUGUUUACUCUCUUGCAGCUUUCUUUGGGUAUACACACAUCCACAUGGAAGGGACAGACUGUAAUAUUUCAUCUCCAUGAAUUUUCAUUAGAGACCAUUCAUUUGAUCGAAUGGAAAUACCACACAAUCAACCAAACCAUCCUGCUGGCCAGGAUAAAUCUAAAUGAAAAGCGUUCAAAAAUGUUCAGCAAGAGGACUGGGAUGCAAAUAAUGGAGAAUGGUACACUUCAAAUUGAAGAUAUUAAAGAUGAAGACUCUGGGAACUACUCUUGCACCAUCAUUUUCCAUGAUCAAAGAAUGAAGACAGAGCAGAUUUUUCUUCAAGUACUUAAUGACUUGAAGACUGAACCACCAAACAGCACACUGUACACCACAACAUUGAAACCAUCAGUAGAAACCCGCAUUCCUGGCACAGCAUUGAUCGCAAUAUCUGUGUGCUCGGCACUUGCAAUCCUCUUAAUUGUAGCCGCUAUUUUCAUCUUUAAAUGUAGAAAAAAGUGUCGCUGCACUUCAGAAGAGCCCAUCUACGCAAAUAAAACAGCUUAUAAUUCAAGGAAAUAAAAGGUCACAGGUGGGCAGAAGGAUGUCAGAUAAUAAAACCAGAUAAAGGCCCCCUAAUUUGUAAAGAGGUAAAAACCCAUGAUGAUGUCGCAGUGAAUAAACUACCUCUGUUUUUUUUCUUAGAAAUAAAUGUGAGCGUUGCAGUGAU